UGUUCAGGUUUUGUUAUUUAAAAGGUUGACAGUAACAGAAAGCUGCUGACCACAAACAUAUACAGGUUAUAGUUAAACCAAAGUCUUGUCUCUGGAAUGAAUCGCAUUAUUUACAAAAUUCUAGAUUAAAAUAAAACAUUAAAUUUCUAGAAAAUGUAUUUUCUAACACGGAGUCUUCUUCUCCUCCCAAACCGAUGUGGGCUCAUUACUGCCCCCUGAGGCCGGAAUGUAGAAAACACUCGGAGAACAUCCGUUUCAGCGCUCAGUGGUUGUCUUUCCACCCAUGGCCACAAGGGGCAACAAACCCAAUCCGUGCAGUCGCUUCAUCAUCGACACAAAGUAAAGCAGUGGUGGGGGAAUGUCGGGUGGGCCUCCUGUGUCUCGGGAUCUUGGCCUCAUCUUGGACACCUGCUUACUGAGCACCAGGACGUGUGAGCAGAGCAUUUUCCGUUUCCUCUGUCGCAAUGGCUACACGCCUCCCCUGAAUGAGUCAUCCAGCCGGCUCCUCAUUGGACAAGACCAUGCCAUCCCUAGGGAUUGCCUUGCAGAGGUAGAAAGGCCUUGCUUCCAUUCACAGAAACAUUGAUUGCAGCUCUGGAUUUUACUGACAGCAGAUUGGACUGUGGUGACAGCAGCAGCAGCAGCAGCAGCAAAAGCAACAACAGCAGCAGCAGCAGCAGCAGAGGCACGGUCCAACACAACCGCCACUGUAACCUCAGCAGAGAAAAUUACAGUCAGGUGGCCUGUGAUUGCUAAAAGGCGUUUGCUGCCUGUGCCGCUGCUGCUAUGUUACAGGAGAGGGUAAUCAGCGCGGCUCAGCCACGUCUGCCAGCACACUUGUGAGAGAGGCAGGCUGUGCGUGUCGGUUGGUGGAGAGAGGGGAGAGAGCAAGAGAGAGAAGGGUAUGCUUCACCGUACCAAAUACAACCGCUUCAGGAAUGAGUCAGUAACAUCUGUCGAUGAGCUUCUCCACGGCCUGUCCAUGAAUCCCAAGGUCUCGGCUACUCCCCAGUCUGCAGCCGAGACGUCUUACACACCCCCGACUGAGGUCCAGCCCUCCACCACCACCACCACCACCACCACUGCUUCCAGCACCACCACCGGCCACGGGUCUGACCACCUGGAAGAUGGAGGCACCCUGUGCACCCUCAUCAACAAGGUGUCCAACCUGAAAUUCAGCAACUCAGGUAGCCUGCUGGGCAUCAAGGGUCUGCCCUCGGCUGUCAAGGACCUGGCUGUGUCUAAGCUGCAGGGGGGUGGGGGAUCGGGCCCAGGCAGCUCCGGUGGCCAGAGCCCCAGUGCGGCAUCAACAGCAGCGGCGGCAGUCUCUGGCGUGGGCGGCUCUCUGUGCAGCUUGGCCUCCCAUUCGACCCCCUGCUCGCAGCCGGAGACAGCUGUCAGCAUGAGCAAGAAGAGCAGGCUGGAUGAGCUCCAACCGGGUGGAGAGGACUGGAAUCCAGGUGGAGGUGGUGGACUAGUGAGCAAACCCUCCAGAGGGUGGCUACACUCGAGCGAGAAGAUCUCUGGUCCAGGGGUGACAUACAUUGUGAAGUACCUGGGCUGUAUAGAAGUUCUUCGGUCAAUGAGAUCAUUGGAUUUCACCACAAGGUCACAAAUAACAAGGGAAGCCAUCAGCCUGGUGUGUGAGGCUGUUCCAGGGACCAAAGGAGCUCUGCGGAAGAGAAAGCCACCAUCCAAAGCUCUGUCAAGUAUCCUGGGCAAGAGCAACCUGCAGUUCGCUGGCAUGUCCAUCAACCUGAACAUUUCCACCAGUAGCCUCAACCUGAUGACCCCCGACUGCAAACAGAUCAUAGCCAACCAUCACAUGCAGUCCAUCUCCUUUGCAUCAGGAGGAGACCCUGACACAACAGAUUACGUUGCCUAUGUAGCAAAGGACCCAGUUAACAGAAGAGCGUGUCACAUCCUGGAGUGCUCUGACGGACUGGCCCAGGACGUCAUCAGCACCAUCGGCCAGGCCUUCGACCUUCGCUUUCAGCAGUAUCUGCAGUGUCCCUCAAGCAAGCUGUCCUCCACACACGACAGGGUAUUAAACGUGGAGGAGCUACCAUGGACAGAAGAAGAGGAGGAGUCAGCAGAACAUCCGUACUAUAACAACAUCCCUGGAAAGAUGCCACCACCUGGAGGCUUCAUCGAUACCCGGCUGACCAGUCAGAAUGCAGCAGCUGAUGGAUGCCAGAUGGGCCCAGGGUCGGUAGAUCAGACAUAUUACCAGGGGCGGCACUGUGGAGAAAACUGGGGAGAUGAAAGAAAACCCAUAUUCAUACAACAGGGAUCAUUUGACAUAAGCAGUCUGCCGGAGAGUAAAGGUCAGGCACCGAAAACAGCAGAGAUGCCCAUGUACGUGAACACGCAGCAGAUUGAUGCCCAGGUACUCGCAGCCCUCCAGGCAGAGGCAGAAAAUGUGACCAAGGGCAUGGCAGCUGCAGCCAAAGAGAGCCCACAGAAGGACCUGUUUGACAUGAAGCCCUUUGAGGAUGCCAUUCAGUCUCAGUCCCAUCCCCCGUGCCAGGCACAGGCCCAGUCCCAGGUGUCUGGUCUUCAGAAGGCAGCAUCCAUGGAUAACUCCAGCCCUCUUCUAGUGCGUUCACUGGCCUUCCGGGCGCAGGAGGAGCUGGAGGGCCAGACAUGGUAUCACGGCAAAAUGAGCCGCCGUGACGCUGAAAAGCUGCUGAGAGAAGACGGGGACUUCCUGGUCCGCAAGAGCACGACCAACCCUGGGUCUUAUGUACUGACGGGCAUGCACAAUGGACUUGCCAAACACUUACUACUGGUGGACCCUGAGGGCACGGUACGGACAAAAGAUCACAUAUUUGACAGCAUUAGCCACCUUAUUGGCCAUCACCGUGACAACAAUCUGCCUAUUGUGUCAGCCGGGAGUGAACUGUGUCUCCUACAGCCUGUUGGAAGGAAACAGUGAUGCUUGUGAUGCCUGACGGUAAACAGGAAGCUCGGAACUGUCUCUCCUACAUCCUGAAACUUGAAGAUGACACAUGAACAGAAGAUGCUUAAAGGCUCUACGCAGUGGCGGUGUUUAUGGGAAAAGUUGGCCUGCGGUUAUUUUACAGGAGGCACUGGAAGAUGCAAGAUUUGUUUAAGAUGAAAAAAAUAUUUAUAGAACUGUUAUUUUGUUGUGAUGACUGAAAUGCUAUAUUUUUGAGAAGACAUAGGUGCAUUUGGACAAACUAUCUUGAUUUGGUGUUUUAAAAGAUAAUUAAAAAAAAGACAGUUCUUGUAGUUUAGAUGAAGCAAAUCAAACCUCAAAGAGGUGUUAACAAGCGUAUUUUAGAAUAAAAACCUGAAAUUUUAGUUUUGUCUGUCAAGCACAACCACAUUUCUACAGGAUCCGUUGGCUAAGAUGUCGGAAACAAAAACAGUUUGGACAACAAUUGCAGUUUAUAAUGAAUUUAGGAGAAAAAUGUCCUUUAACCUCACCAACAGCGUGACAGCUCACUCAAUUAGUCACUAUAUGAAAUCUGCUUUUAUUGGGAAUUAGAAAUGAAUGUGUUUUGCUUUGCAGUAGUGACACAGAUUUGGGGUGUGAACAGACAUCCUUCAUAUAGUGCUGUCAAUGGCUUUAAAGAUAAUCUUUUUUAUGAAGUAUUUUCUUGUGUCACAGUCGCAUGACUUCAAAUCAACUGUUAUUGUGGACAUUGUUCGUAGACCUUGAUGCCCCUUUAUUUGGAAGAGGUGCUUGUGUAUGCUGACACUGUAAAAUAUUUAUGCUUUUCAACUAGGGAUUAUUUCGGAAUCGGUUUCCUCUGGAUUCUUCUUUUAGGUGUGUAGUCAAUGAUUUGUUUUAAUUCACGUUUUCUUGCUUUUUGUGAACAUUUAAAGGUAUUUAAUGUAACAUUCUCAAAAAUGUUUUUUGUAAUGACCCUGAAGGCCAUCAGUCAGCAUCCUGUUGAAGAGUUGUGUGUGUGGUUGCACACUAUUGGUUGGCACGAGUGAGGAUGCCCGCCAUCUGCCAAAAUAUUGACGUGACAGACGAGAGAAUAAUUGUGAUAGUUUGGCGUCAUGUUGCAAGAUGACGUAGCUUAAGUUAGAAUUUCACCAUAAACUCUAUUCGAGAUGAUAGACCAUAUUAGACUGUCAAUAUUAGCUUGCUUGCUAGCACAAAGUAGGCCCGUGACAUUUAACCAAACUAUUCUUAUUGGAUAAUACAUCGACUGAAAUGUAAUACCUUGCUGUUCGCUGGCCAGCCCACUUUAUCAAUCACUAUUUUUGUAGCUUCCACCAAGAGGCUCUGCAAAGUCAUCAAAGCUCAAUAUGCUAAUCGUUAUAUCACAACUCUUAUUUCUCUCAAUUGACGUGCUAAUGUUUGUUGUCCAGAGUUCUUUACAUGGAGCAUCAGUACACAGGCUGUUAGAAGCAACCAAGAUAACAAUUAAUACAAAUUAUUGCUUCAUAUUCUCACAUACAGUAUUUUUAAAAGAUUCUUCUUAUUAUUAUUAUUAUUAUUGUUUGAAUGAUCACAAAUGAAUAGCACAAUCAGUCAGUUAGGUCAGUUAGAUCAUCUGUGUCAGUAGUACCAAACAAAUGAUCCAUGUGUUGAGAUGUAAUUUACACUUUAUACUAAUGAGGCUUAAUUACACAAAUGCUCAAUAUUAAUGAUGAUAGACAUUUAUGUCAAUAUCUUAUGGUAAUGUUGCCUUAUUGCCACUAGAUGUCAUCACAUAAACACUUGUCAACCCCAGUCUGUCACACUCACUCCAGGUCCCAUUUUUUAUCAGUUAGUAGCAGAGGAGGCCAGCAUGUAUUGAUUGGUAAAAUCAGACUCCACCUUUAUUGAGGACAGCUCACAGUUAACUUGCAUUUUGAAGUCCACUAUACACAAUCGUAUAGAAAAAAAGGCUAGAAAUCGUACACAGCAGUUUUAAAAUGCUCACAUCCUUAUAAUAUUAUCAGUACACUGAUGGAUACCAAAUGAAUGGGGCAUUGUGUUUGAUAUGUACUGGACCACUUCAGUUGAACCAAAAUCAGCAUGUGUUCAAUGGGUUUGACAAGACAGAUGCAAUGUAACAUAACGUGCCUGUAUUUUGCUGCAAGAGGGACUGUACAGUAAAUGCAUCUCACGACAAACAGAUAUUAAGCAAAGAGCUUUGGGAUUGUAUUGGGAUCAUUGGAAAAAAAAUCACCACUUUUGGUUAAAGCCCAUUAAGACUUUUAGAUUCCUUGUGUCCUGUGAGAAAAAUAACAUAUUUUCUGAGGGAGAGGAAUGCAAAGAAUCACUGAGUAUUUCUUUUUUUGACAGUUAUCUCCCAUCAACCUUUAAUUUUUCUGGAUCUCUGUGACAUAAUGUCAUCAAAUCUUAUAUCUCUGGAGAUGGAAUCACGUGCAAAAUGGUUUUUUGUUUUUUUAAUGCACUAUUCUAUUGUAAUGCAUUCAUUCGAGAUCUGUGUCUGAAAAGCGAAUUUGUUGAAUCACUCUGCAAAAUGUGCGAUGUACGACAGCAGGAACAACUUCCAUACUUGAAUCCUUCAAUUAGUGUAAAGAAAUUAUGGAACCAAACCGACACGCUGGGACAUAAAUAAGAACAUGGCUUCUUUCCGGAUUUCUGUUAAUGAAAAUGUGCCUUUUAUUUGUACAAAUGUUGUUUUUAUUUUCUCUUUCUCUCUCUUCAAAGUGCAAUAGCUGAUCUUCAAUGGGGCAUGCCUGUUCACUAGAGGUCGUGUUUUGCCCUGCUGAGUGUUGCUGCUUGAGACUACUGUUUCCUUUCUCUCUCUCUAUCUCUCUGUCUCUUUAUCUCCCUCCCUCUCUAUUAUAUAUUAUAAAUGUAUCAUUUCCAGAUUCUGAGUAAAUCUUUGUCAGAGGGAAUCACACAAGAAAUUCACUAUUUUGGAGCAGGUACAGUUAAAAAAAAGAAGAAAAAACUCAAAUAAAAACAAAGAGAAACGAGUCCAAAUGAUGUUUACAGAUUUAAUCUUUUGGUUGUAUGGGUUUAUCAUUAUUCUGUAUGACUGUUGGCAAUAAAACCGUGAAUGUGUAGAAUCUCUGUGGUAUGUUUUGUACGAAUCCAUUCGACUUUUAAUGGUAGAAGCAGUUUUUAGUCACAGUCAUAACAAAUCCUUCUAAAAUCUCUUCUAAAAUGGCAUUACAUGAAACAACAUGUUUUCUCAGGUAGUUCCAUUGUAUCUAGCCAUGCACAUUGUUUUAAUUUAAUUUAUUUUAACGUGUCCUGAUUUAUGUCUAUAGCAGAACAGACAUAAAUAGAAAUAUGACGAUGACAACAAGAGUUGCUGUUAUUCUAGAUAAUCUACACUUUUGUUUGAAAAGGUUA